AUGGAUCAUUUGAAAGUAACUCCAGAGUAGAGAACCUUAUUGUAAAGUCUAGAUCGCCUUGGUAAAAUGAAGCUUCAAGACCAGUAUCAGGCUUAUAAAAAGAUGUUUUAAGCCUAGCCAUAAAGAAUAAGAGAUUUAUUUGGCGAUAAAAUAACUGAGAUCAAAAGAAAGAAUCAAAUCACUAAACAAUAAGAUGCAGUCAAGUUUGAGUACUAUAAAUAUAAAUAGACUAUGUAAUCAUUACCUGGAAGUUAAAGAGAUGGAAACGCUGAUUAAAUAUAAGCAUUAAUCAAUGUUUUUCAAAAUUUUCAAGAUGAGGAAGAAAUAAGACAGGAAGAUUAAAAUCAACUAACAACAGAUGAUAAUUUUGAAGACCACAUCAACAAUAACUUUCUUUACAAAAAUAAAGGCAGAGCUAGGCAUCAUAGAGGUCUUAGUAAAAAGAACACUAACAAUAAGUAGCUUUCAUCUACAUAGAGUAGUGGGCAGUCAUCUUAAAUCCUAUCUCCAGUCAAUGCUAUUUCAAAAGUUGUAACAAAAAAUUCAUCAAUGAAUAACUUUUAAAAUAACAAUCCUAAAGAUAGUAAAUAGAAAAAACCAGCAUUUAGAAUUAAGAAGUAAUCUGCUGCUAUCAAUAAUAAUAACAUUCUUCAUCAUGAUAUAUCUGAGAUGGUUUUAAAUAAAUUUUAGAACUAGCAUAUCGUUGAUGCUAGAUCGAAAUUAGAUGAUAAUCUGAUGUCUGAUACGAAUGAAUUAUCAAAAACUCAUCAUAACCAAAACUCAGUCUCAGAGUAUAAAGCUGUUGAACAAUCAAAUAAAGCAAAUGCAGGUUAAUAGACAAUUAUUGCCCAAAAACUAUCUCCCUAAAAUAGAAUAAGCAAUUCAAAGAGUCUUCUUCUACACACAAUAGAUUAGGGGAUUUUUACUUAAUAUGGACCUUAAUAUAAGACUGGAUCUGGCUUUAAUCAAAAUAAUCUAAUGAGCAAUUGGACACAGAAAUAGUCAAGGCAGAUUGAAAUCAAGGAUAAAACUGAAUUCCAAUAAAAGUUUGUAAAUCAUAAGAACUCGGUUGUGAAGAUUAUCAACAACACAUUCAAAAAGAUAAAAUUGACUAAGGAGAACUAAGAAAUAAAGGGGAGAGUAAGUGCACUUAAAGAUGAAUUGAGAACAAAGAAAGAUCUUAUAAAAUUACAAAAUAAAUUUAGGGAUGAAUAUAAACUUGCGACUCAUUAAAAUGUGCCUUCAUAUAUAGAGGAAUUCAACACUCGAGUUGUAACACCAAUGUUUACUUUACCAAGACAUCCUAAUAGCAACCAAGACUUAAUCCAAAGGAAGAUUUAAAGAGAGAUAUUUAGUGCCUAAGCUGAUUUAAGACCAAAUAAAAAUCAAUUCUCAGCUUCUAGGACACAAAAGAUAAACCAAUUUAACAUUGACUUGGGUUUGCAGUCGAAAAUACUUAGCCCCGAUAACAGAACGACAAGUGCUGGUUUUAAUCAGCUGUAGAGAACUGGAUUCUAGAGUACAAAGAGUAUAUAACUAGAUAGAGAUUUAAGUACAGCUGGAAGUAUCCUUUAAAAAGGAAGUGUAAUUGGAAAUAGCUAGGACUACUACAAGAAUUACCCUUUGGAUUAGCUAAAUAAGAAACAUUCUAAAAUCAAGAUUGGUGUUAGUAGAUAGGCAAACGUAAAUGUUCAAACCUAUUCUUCACUUGGAACAAAAAAAUCUAAGUAGGUGCCUUCUUCAGGCUAAGCGAGUCCUCAUAGAAGUCUCGAAGGAAUUGCAGGAUGGGAAGCAAUGUCAGGGAGAAAAGAUUCUUAAUUUCAACCUCAUCAUCCAGUAACAUAGCUUUACAGCACCCUAGCUUAUUAAUCAAUGCACACAAUCUCAACUCCUUCCAAUUAAAAUUCAAGACAAGUUUAUAUAGAACUACCUCAACUAGGACAUUCAGACCAGAAUAAACCUGCUUAGAACCUAAGGACUCAAUAUCUCUUAUGA